GAUGUGACAGCCAUGGCACGGCUCUUCGGCUACGUGGACGUGACCGACUCUGGCUUCAUUGCAGCUGUCCUCUCCAUCGCCUUCAACCCACUCUUCUGGAAUGUGGUAGCCAGAUGGGAGCACAAAACGCGAGCGCUCAGCCGAGUCUUCGGCUCUCCGCAUGCUGCCUGCUACUGCCUGGGUGCUGUUAUCCUGAUGCUUAACUGUGUGCGGAGCCAUUGCUUCACAGAAGCCAUGAAGAGCCAGCCGAAGCUGGAAGGCUUGGACUGCCACUGGGCCUAUUACUCGGGCUUGGCCAUCCUGGCUGUAGGGACCUUGUUUGUCAUCUCCAGCUUCUUAGCACUGGGAUUCACCGGGACAUUCCUAGGUGAUUACUUCGGCAUCCUGAUGGAAGCAAAAGUGACCAGCUUCCCCUUCAACGUCCUGGAUAAUCCAAUGUACUGGGGCAGCACAGCCGUCUACCUGGGCUGGUCCCUCAUGCAUGCAAGCCCAGCUGGCCUUCUGCUGACAGCUGUAGUGGCAAUUUCCUACACAAUCGCAAUGCUGUAUGAGGGGCCUUUCACAGAGGAAAUAUAUCGGCAGAAACAGAAAGGAGCGAAGAAGAAGUAG